AUUAUCUUAUAGUGAUUAGUUUGAGUAUUUAAAGCACAUUCUUUCCUGAAAGUUAAGCUUUCUUUUCUACUUUGAAUAAUGGAUGGUGAACAAAUCCAAGUCAGCUGACGUUACUCAGUUUCGGAAGUUACAUUUAGACGAUGUUUGCUUCACAGCUUGAUCCAAGUACCCAGGAAUCAAUAUCCUUACUUAAAUUAUAAACCCCUACAGAAUAUUAGAUUUGUGGUGAUUAAAAUGUAUGGUGACCAGUUAUUACACAAAAGUGGAAGUAGAUUCUAUUGGAGGGCACCCUUAUUUUAACGACUAUUUUUAAAUCCAGUGUUAUUUGUUUUUUUUUAAAAACUGCCUACAGCUCUUUUACUUUAAUGCACGUGCACGUGGAGAAGCUAUCCGAAUGACUCUUGUGGCAGCGGGAAUAAAAUACGAAGAUGUGAAGAUCGACUUCUGUAACUGGCCUAAAUCAAACCCACAAUACCUGGAGGACGCCUACCUAUAGUAAAGAUCACAGAUAAAGAUGGAAACGAGAAAUUGUUGACUGAGAGCCUGGCUAUUGCGCGUUAUUUUGCAAAGAAGAGUGAUAUGAUGGGUAGUACGGAUGAUGAGUACUAUAGUGUUGAGAAAUUGAUUGGUCAGGUACAAGAUUUGGAGAAUGAAUACUACAAGACUAUGAACAAGCCACAGGAUGAAAAAGAGAAAAUCACCGAGGAAAUAUUGAGUGUCAGAGUCCCUUUUCUUCUUGGGAUUAUCUGUGAAUCUCUGAGAGAAUCAAAAGGCGAUUUAGCUGCGGGUGACAAAGUCACCCUGGCUGAUUUGGUUCUGAUUGCAGCCAUUGACCAUGUGAUCGAUUUAGACGGAGGAUUCCUGGAUGGUAAAUAUCCAGAGAUUCACAAGCACCGAGAAAAUCUUCUGAAAAAUUCGCCGAGAUUGGCGAAGUAUUUAUUAGACAGGCCCGUAACUGCAUUCUGAGUGAGAUAGUGAAUCCGAAAGAGAAGGAAGUCGGGGUAGAGAAGAAGACAAUAACGAUGUUAUAUUCUGUGUUUACGAACGAGUUUUCGUCUCAUUAGCUUUAGUUCCUAUCUCUGUUCUUCAUACAUAUUUUUUUGUUUUUCAUCGUCUUUCUGACGUUUUGUUUUUUGCCGUCUUCUCAUUUUAAAAUAAAGUUUGAUUACUCUUUA